CCACCGUCAGCGACUUGCACCCAUCAAGGCGCCGAGAUUGGGCGAAUAGCAAGCAAAUACGUCCGCGUUUCUCUGCCUGCUCCCCCACCGACCUCCUCCCCUCAAUCCCCGGCGCUGACGGGAGAAAAGGCCGAGGUUGUUUUAGAACAGGCCCAGCCACCAAGGUUCGACCUGUCUAUUCCACCUCCGCACCCUCAAACACCCCACCAACAACCCAGAACCCGGCUCCCCACGGAACCAGCAACAGACAAGUUCGAGGGGAACAAAGACAACAGGCAUCAUCCCUUCACAACAGUUGCCAACAUGAACCACCACCACACUCAACAACAGCAGCAGAAAGCCGGCGAGCAACAACUUAGCGAGCCCGAGGAUAUGGAGAUGGAAGCUGGGGACACAGACGAUCCCCCGAGAAUCCCAGCCAACCCGGUGAUUAACGGGAACGUUGCCAUGGCAGACGGACACAACACAGAGGAGGACAUGGAGGAUGAUACCAGCUGGCGGUCGGAGGCGACGUGUCGUUUUGUGGUGGAGAGGUUCAGCCGGCUGAGUGAGUCUGUUCUCAGCCCUUCCUGCUUCGUCAGGAACCUGCCCUGGAAGAUCAUGGUGAUGCCUCGUUUCUACCCAGACCGGCCGCACCAGAAGAGUGUUGGCUUCUUCCUGCAGUGUAACGCAGACUCCGACUCCACGUCCUGGUCGUGCCAUGCUCAGGCCAUGCUGAAGAUCAUCAACUAUAAGGACGAUGAGAAGUCGUUCAGCCGCAGAAUCAGCCACCUCUUCUUCCACAAGGAGAACGACUGGGGCUUCUCUAACUUCAUGUCCUGGAGCGAUGUGACUGAUCCAGAGAGAGGCUUUGUGGAGGAUGAUAAAGUCUCCUUUGAAGUCUACGUGCAGGCGGACGCUCCUCACGGAGUGGCGUGGGACUCAAAGAAACACACCGGCUACGUGGGUCUGAAGAACCAGGGAGCGACAUGUUAUAUGAACAGCCUCCUACAGACCCUGUUCUUCACCAACCAGCUACGGAGGGCGGUGUACAUGAUGCCUACAGAGGGAGACGACUCGUCUAAGAGUGUUCCGCUGGCUCUACAGAGGGUUUUCUAUGAGCUGCAGCACAGCGACAAGCCCGUCGGCACCAAGAAACUCACCAAGUCCUUUGGGUGGGAGACAUUAGACAGCUUCAUGCAACAUGACGUUCAGGAGCUCUGCAGAGUGCUCCUGGACAACGUUGAGAACAAAAUGAAAGGCACCUGCGUGGAGGGAACCAUCCCCAAACUGUUCAGAGGAAAGAUGGUGUCCUAUAUCCAGUGUAAGCACGUUGACUACCGGUCAGAGCGGAUAGAGGAUUACUACGACAUCCAGCUCAGUAUCAAAGGAAAGAAAAACAUCUUUGAGUCCUUUAAGGACUACGUCGCUGUGGAGCAGCUCGACGGAGACAACAAAUACGACGCAGGAGAACACGGCCUACAGGAAGCGGAGAAGGGGGUGAAGUUCCUGACUUUCCCUCCCAUACUGCACCUGCAGCUGAUGAGGUUCAUGUACGACCCUCAGACCGACCAAAACAUCAAGAUCAACGACAGGUUUGAGUUUCCGGAGCAGCUUCCCCUGGAUGAGUUCCUCCAGAAGACUGACUCUAAGGACCCGGCCAACUACAUCCUGCACGCCGUGCUGGUGCACAGCGGCGACAACCACGGAGGACACUACGUUGUCUACCUCAACCCCAAAGGAGACGGGAAAGUCAGCGUCAAGGAACCCAUCUGGUGUAAGUUUGAUGAUGACGUGGUGUCACGGUGCACCAAGGAGGAAGCUAUUGAACACAACUACGGUGGCCAUGACGACGACCUAUCAGUACGUCACUGCACCAACGCUUACAUGCUGGUGUACAUCCGCGAGUCCAAACUCAGUGAGGUGCUGCUGGCGGUAAACGACGUGGACAUCCCCCAGCAGCUGGUGGAGCGGCUUCAGGAGGAGAAGAGGGUUGAGGCUCAGAAGAGGAAGGAGCGGCAGGAGGCCCAUCUCUACAUGCAGGUCCAGAUUGUGACAGAGGACCAGUUCUGUGGUCACCAGGGUAAUGACAUGUAUGACGAGGAGAAGGUGAAGUACACUGUGUUCAAGGUCCUGAAGAGCUCCACGCUGCAGGAGUUUGUCCAGAAUCUCUCCCAGACCAUGGGUUUCCCACAGGACCAGAUGAGGCUGUGGCCCAUGCAGGCCCGGAGCAACGGCACCAAGAGACCUGCCAUGCUGGACUACGAGGCCGACUGCAGCAAGUCUAUGAUAGACUUGAGCGACAAUGAGAAUCCCUGGACUAUAUUUUUGGAGACGGUGGAUCCUGAGAUGGCUGCCAGCGGAGCAACGUUACCCAAGUUCGACAAAGACC